AUGCACAGUAACAUGAACAAUCCUGAUGAACGUAGAGCUGAUACCUGUGAUCUACCAACAUUACCUAUGCAACUAAUAUCACUAUCUACAUAUCCAAUACACGGACCACCACCACCUUAUGCAAUGACACCACCAUUAAAUCCUCCUUUAUAUUCACCACCUACAGUUGAUAUUACAAAGACUUCAGAAGCAUAUCAAAGUGCUAUAGUUCCUGAUGAUUAUAUUCAUUUGGAAACAGUUCGUAUUCGAGAUUAUAUGUCUUGGUCAUUGGUCAAUGUAAUCUUAGGUGCUAUGAUAGGUCUGAUUACUGUAGUAUUAUCAUUAAAAACGAGACAACGAAAAGAAAGUGGAGAUAUCUUAGGUGCCAGAAGAAUGAUUUUUAAUUGUCUAUUUCUUGUACAUUAUGUCAUUUCUGAACAACAUUGA